UUGCCGAGCCGCCCCCCAGCACACUUGAAGAUUGGAUGAGGAGAGGGCGGGCUCCCAGAUUUGUGCCUCUGCUUCCGUUCUCAAAGCCGUCCUUUCCCAAGGUGGAUGGAGAGGGGAGCGCAGCUUCCACCUGUUGCUACCCUCCCCUUGUUGCUGCACUUACCCCUCCACUAGGGGCUUGGCGGCUGGGUCACGGGGAAAGAAGUCGGGGCUGGGCCCUCAGGCCCUGCCAUGGACGAAGGUGGUUCCCGCAUCCGCAGGCGGGUGUCCGUCCGCAAAAGAAACCGUCCUAGUCUAGAGAGCGUUUUUGCCGCCUCCCCCGCGACCGAGCUUAAACACCGCGAUGAGAAGGAGGACGAGGAGAUGGUGGCCGGGAGCCGGCGGCGGAAAACCGUGGACGUGCAGCCGGUCGAGAUUAUUGACAGUGAAGAGGACAUGUUUGGUGACUAUGAUAGCUUUGCUGAGAACUCUUUUUUAGCUCAAGUUGAUGACCUGGAACAAAAGUAUUUGCAACUUCCUGAACAUAUGAACCAUGCUACAGACCAUGCCACUGAAGAUCUUUGUUCAGAAAGCGAUAAACAGAACACACUGAACGUUACUGCUGUAGGUGACUGUACAGCAUUAAAUAUAGAUGACCACACAAAGAACGAGAGCAGGCAUGAAGAUGUCUCUGUUGAACCUGAAGCUGAUAUUUUGUAUGAUGUACCUUCUUCUCAGGUUUUAUUCUUUGAAAAUUUGCAUAACUCUUCCAGUGAUUUGGGUGGUCCAUCUACUGAAGAAAAGGAUUGGAACUCAUCCUGUCCUAAGACUGUGAAUGAGGAAUUGCUAGUUAAUAGCAGAGAGCAGCCCCAGCAGACUGUUGAAUCCUCUUCUAAAAUCAGAACUAGUUCAGAUGCAAAUAGAAAAAGUCUGAAAGAUCAUCUAAAAAGUACCAUGACUGGAAAUGCCAAAGCCCAAACACCAAUAUUUUCUAGGACUAAACAGCUCAAAGAGACUCUCCUAUCUGAAGAAAUUAAUGUUGCUAAGAAAACAAUUGAGUCAUCAUCAGAUGACCUUGGUCCUUUCUAUUCAUUACCCAGCAAAGUGAGAGAUCUUUAUGUUCAGUUCAAGGGAAUUGAAAAAUUAUAUGAAUGGCAACAUACUUGCUUAACAUUGAAAUCUGUGCAAGAAAGAAAAAAUUUAAUAUAUUCCUUGCCAACAAGUGGUGGAAAAACCCUCGUGGCUGAGAUUUUAAUGCUACAAGAACUACUAUGCCGGCGAAGAGAUGUUUUAAUGAUCCUACCAUACGUGGCAAUUGUUCAAGAAAAGAUUUCAGGUUUGUCAAGUUUUGGAAUAGAACUGGGUUUCUUUGUUGAGGAAUACGCUGGAAGCAAAGGAAAAUUUCCUCCAAUUAAAAGAAGGGAAAAAAAAUCAUUAUAUAUUGCCACAAUUGAAAAAGGACAUAGUCUGGUGAACUCCUUGAUUGAAACUGGAAGAAUUAGCAGUCUGGGUCUGGUUGUUGUAGAUGAGUUGCACAUGAUUGGUGAAGGAACCCGUGGGGCUAUACUGGAAAUGACUCUGGCAAAAAUCCUCUACACCAGCAAAACGACUCAAAUUAUUGGUAUGAGUGCAACGUUAAACAAUGUUGAAGACCUACAAAAGUUCCUGCAAGCAGAAUAUUACACCAGUCAGUUUAGACCAGUUGAAUUAAAAGAAUAUCUGAAAAUAAAUGACACAAUAUAUGAAGUUGACAGCAGAGCUGAGAAUGGCAUGACUUUCUCACGCCUCCUUAAUUAUAAGUAUUCCGAUACUCUGAAAAAGAUGGAUCCUGAUCACUUGGUAGCACUGGUGACAGAAGUUAUUCCCAAUUAUUCCUGCUUAGUUUUUUGUCCCACUAAGAAGAACUGUGAAAACGUAGCAGAAAUGAUAUGCAAAAGUUUAAGCAAGGAAUAUCUAAAGCACAAAGAGAAAGAAAAACAGGAGGUGAUUAUGAACUUGAAGAAUGUCAGCGGUGGCAACCUGUGUCGUGUGUUAAAGCGCACCAUCCCGUUUGGAGUUGCUUAUCACCAUAGCGGCUUAACCAGCGAUGAAAGGAAGCUCUUGGAGGAGGCCUACUCCACAGGGGUCCUCUGCCUGUUCACCUGCACAUCCACCCUCGCAGCAGGUGUUAACCUACCAGCGAGAAGAGUUAUAUUAAGAGCACCCUAUGUUGCUAAGGAAUUUUUAAAGAGGAAUCAGUAUAAGCAGAUGAUUGGCAGAGCUGGCCGUGCUGGAAUAGAUUCUGUUGGGGAGAGUAUCCUUAUAUUGCAAGAAAAAGACAAGCAACAGGUAUUGGAGUUAAUAAGCAAACCAUUGGAAAACUGCUAUAGCCAUCUUGUUCAGGAAUUCACCAAGGGAAUCCAAACUUUGUUUCUUUCUUUGAUUGGUUUGAAGAUUGCAACAAACCUGGAUGACAUAUAUCAUUUUAUGAGUGGUACAUUUUUUGGUGUUCAGCAAAAGGUUUUGUUGAAAGAAAAAAGUCUCUGGGAAAUAACUAUGGAAUCACUUAGAUACUUGACAGAAAAAGGACUUCUACACAAAGAUACUAUGUAUGGGUCUGAAGAAGAGUUCCAAAGUAAUUUUCAUAUCACAAAGUUGGGACGAGCUUCUUUUAAGGGAACUAUAGAUUUGGCUUAUUGUGACAUUCUUUACAGAGACUUGAAGAAAGGUCUUGAGGGACUUGUGCUCGAAAGCCUUCUUCAUCUAAUCUACUUAACAACUCCCUAUGAUAUGGCUUCUCAGUGUGACCCUGAUUGGAUGAUAUACUUCAGGCAGUUUAACCAACUAAGUCCAGCAGAACAAAAUGUUGCUGCUCUGGUUGGAGUCUCUGAGAACUAUAUUGGGAAGAAAGCAUCAGGUCAAGCUAUUAGGAAGAAGGUGGACAAGAAUAUUGUCAACAGACUGUACCUGUCUUUCAUUCUUUAUACUUUGCUCAAAGAGACCAACAUUUGGAGUGUGUCUGAAAAGUUUAACAUGCCUCGAGGAUAUAUACAAAGCCUUCUCUCUGCAGCUGCGGCAUUCUCCUCCUGUGUGUUACAUUUCUGUGAGGAGCUUGAGGAGUUCUGGGUUUACAGGGCCCUUUUGGGAGAACUCACCAAGAAGCUGACCUACUGUGUAAAGGCAGAGCUAAUCCCGCUCAUGGAAGUGACUGGGGUUUUAGAGGGUCGAGCAAGACAGUUAUACAAUGCAGGUUAUAAAAGUCUAACACACUUAGCUAAUGCAAAUCCUGAAGUGCUGAUAAGGACAAUUGAUCAUUUAUCAAGACGCCAGGCCAAGCAAAUUGUUUCAUCAGCCAAGAUGCUGUUGCACGAGAAAGCAGAGGCUUUGCAAGAAGAAGUAGAAGAAUUAUUGAGAUUGCCUUCUGAUUUCCCUGGUAUUGUGGCCUCUUCUACUGAAAAGGCAUGAGGCUAUCUGAGGAGCAUUUUUAAGUAUGAAUUAUUUAUUGUACAUGCAUUUUAUUAAAGCUCUCCUAUAAGUUAUAAAUGAAAAAAAUAUAUUUUAACUAUAUAUUAAGAACUGUGGCUGAUGUUUGAAUAGUCCUCUCAUCCAUACUUACAUAAAUAAUUAUGCAUUAUUUCUCUAAUCAAAAGUCUGGCAUCCACCACAAAAUGAAAUCCAAGUUUCCCAGUGUAUCCCCAGCCUACCUUUGCAACCAGACCUUUCAUUAUCCUCUUACCCAUUUCUUUCAUCAAACUGGACUAUUUGCAGUUCCAGAAUUUUCCCUGGGAUUCACAAACCCACUAUUUCCUAUCUGCCUUAUACUAUUCCCAGUGCAUGGAUAAUUAUCUUUAAAAUGGAUUAUAUACUUUGUUUUAACUAAAAAUGCUCAAAUACUGUCUCCUGUAUGAAAUUGUCUAAGUUCAGCCUCAUCCCCACCCUAUCCGUGGGUUCUUUCCCUCCUCUAAUUAUUGUGAGCCCCUCAUUCAUGCCCAGGUCUUUAUAAUGCUUUAUUAAUGUCUGCAAUCCCCUGGAGGGCCAAGGCCUGUGUUAUGGUCUUUGUAUGCCACAUAGUACCUACACAGUUUGCUGCACAAAGUAAGGACCUCUGUGAAAAGUGAAUUCUUACUCAAAUUGAUAAUUUAAAGAUUCUCUUUAAACACAACUUAAAUAUUACCUCUCCCCCCUCCCUUUUCUGAUUCUUAGGUCAAAUGUAGAUGACUGGUUAAACUGGGAAAAGAGUAAUUACUAUUAUUUAUAAGUACUGAACUGGUUUAGUUCAGUAUAAAGCUUAUGAAGCUUUCCUCACGUGUCUGAGAGACAUCCAUUGGCAACUGUGCAGAUAGAUCCACAGUCUCAGUGCUCUGUGCCUCAACAUUUAGCUCAUUGUAAUUUGGGCACACCUCAGAGAUGUUAUGAGUUCAGUUCCAGACCACCACAAAAAAGUGAUUGUUGCAAUAAAGCAAGUCAUAUGAAUUUUUUGGCUUCUCAAUGCAUAUGAAGUUAUGUUUACACUAUACCGGAAUCUAUUAAGUGUGCAAUAGCAUUAUGCCUAAAAGAAAACAACAUAUAUACCUUAAUAAAAAAUAUUGUUGAAAAACUCUAA